UCACUCCCAUCUCACCAUUCUCACUCUUUCUUUCGGUCUUUUACGGGACUGGACACACAUUAUUUUUCUUAACGAGGGGAAGCAACCAAGGGACAAACAGCAGAGAUGAAAAAUGCUUUUUUACAUAUUUACCUAUCAAAAUUUUAGGGUCUUUUUUGGAUGUUGAGUUUCCCUCACUUUUGUUCUUUGUGUUAUAAUAUUAGUCUCUUUCUCUCUCAAACAUUUUCUAGAGAGAGAGAGAUAGAGAGAGAGAUAGAAAGAGUGAGAGAGAGAUAGAAAGAAAGAUAGAGGGGAAUCAGACAAACAAAAAGUGUCAUAAUUUGAUCACUGUCUGCCAAAUUAUUCUAAAAAGUAAUUUUAUUUGGUCCAGAACGAUACUAUUUGGAUUUGACCAUUUUUAUUUUCUAAUUGAGUUUGUUUAGACGUGUACCUGGAUAACUUGACAUGACAAUACCUUCCUAUAGGCAUGUUUCUGCUAUCACAGAGGUGCAAAUUGUUCAUCUAUAAGAUUGAUACCGUUCACUAAGGAAUUUGAUUUCAUUUUCAAUCUGGUCAGACACAUUUCCAAAGAGAAAAACUACUGGACAGUGCUGGACAUGAACUGAUAUGAGGGGAUCAUCCCCAAGCUCGGAACCAGAAACAUAGAACUAACUGACACACUGACGGACAACGAGGCAUAACCGUGGAAACGGGCAGACUGCCGCCCAAGUACACUCACUGACCCACGGAGACGGACAGACAGACAGUCUGAUGCCAACUGUCUCUGCUGUCAAUCUCACGGCACAACUCCUCCUGCUGUUGCUAUGGGCAACCCACCCGACCAUGGCAACCAACUGGCUCUCCCUGGCGAGGAUGCCGCGCUCGCGGCCCGUGUCGGGUGCUGCCCCCUGUGGGCGGCUGAGGGGACUGUCCGUGGGGCAGGUGGGGGUGUGCAGGGCGCGGGGAGAAGUCAUGGAGUCUGUGCGCAAGGCAGCCGAGAUGGUCAUAGAGGAGUGCCAGCACCAGUUUCGUAAUCGGCGUUGGAACUGCUCCACCACCCCGCGUGGAGUCAACGUGUUCGGUAGAGUCAUGAGCCAAGGCACCCGUGAGGCGGCCUUUGUGCACGCCCUGUCCUCGGCGGCGGUAGCGGUUGCAGUAACGCGAGGCUGCAGCCGGGGGGAGCUAGAGCGGUGUGGCUGCGACAGAAAGGUCAGAGGGGUCAGUCCCGAGGGUUUCCAGUGGUCUGGGUGCAGUGAUAACCUUUCCUAUGGUGUGGCCUUCUCCCAGACCUUUGUGGAUGAGACGGAGCGUGCCAAGGGGAUGUCGGCAGGGCGACCCCUCAUGAAUGUCCAUAACAACGAGGCUGGACGGAAGGCUAUCCUCCAUAACAUGCAGGUGGAGUGUAAGUGCCAUGGUGUCUCGGGAUCCUGUGAGCUGAGGACCUGCUGGAAAGUCAUGCCCCCAUUUCGGCGCGUUGGCGCCGUGCUGAAGGAACGCUUUGAUGGAGCCACAGAGGUGCGUCUAUCCCGUAUCGGCUCCAGAACAGCCCUGCUGCCCCGGGACCCCCAGGUCAAACCUCCCGCCGCCAGGGACCUGGUGUACCUCGCUGUCUCUCCAGACUUCUGCCGUCUCGACCCCGACAAUGGGAUCCCCGGGACGGCCGGCCGACGCUGUAACGGCACCUCCCGGCUGGCCCCAGAUGGCUGUGAGCUGGUGUGUUGUGGGCCAGGGUACCGGGCAGGCCGGGCCGAGGUGGUGCAGCGCUGCUCCUGUAAGUUCUCCUGGUGCUGCUCGGUCCGCUGCCAGCAGUGCAAAAACACAGUGAUGAUCCACACCUGCCGAGAGUGAACCCAGUCUAUGCAGAACCCAGAGCAGACACGCAAGAACCUUACACUUGUCCAGACACUCUAGAACACAGCCCAGACACUCCAGAACACUACCCAGACACAACAAUGCCCAGACACUCUAGAACACAACUCAGACACUCUAGAACACAGCCCAGACACUCCAGAACACUACCCAGACACAACAAUGUCCAGACACUCUAGAACACAACUCAGACACUCUAGAACACAGCCCAGACACUCCAGAACACUACCCAGACACAACACUGUCCAGACACUCUAGAACACAACAGUACCCAGACACUCUAGAACACAACACUACCCAGACAUUCUGGAACACUACAACGACCAGACCCGUGGAGGCUGCUGAGGGGAGGACGGCUCAUAAUAACGGCUGGAAUGAAGUAAAUGGAAUAGCAUGUGUUUGAUACUAUUCCACUAGUUCCGCUCCAGCCAUUACCACGAGCCCGUCUUCCCCAAUUAAGGUGCCACCAACCUCCUGUGUACCAGACACUCUAGAACCAGGGUUCCCAACCUAGGAGGCGCCAACGUUUCUUUUGGGGGGGCAGGACCUUCCUUGACUUGAGGGUUAUAUUUUUUUUAAUUGUUUAUACCGAUCUAAAACAACACAUAAAUCUGUGAAGCUUUAGGCUAGAAACAAACGGUAAAAUGCCCGAGGAAGAUGCGACUCUGGGAAUAUCUUUGCUUUGUCUCUAUGACAUUCAGAAUCUGAGUUAUGACCUAAAGUCAAGGAGUCAAAGAAAUUGGACUUUGCUUGGGAAGUAAUCUUAUACAAUGUGUGACUCUCUCGCUAUCAAUUGAUCUAUUCACUUUCUGUAAAAUAUAAUAUGUAUAAUUAAAUUGAGGUUGAUAUACAUUUUAAUAAAACAUAUUUGGUAGCGGAAUAACAUUGUGGAAAAUCGGGUCAAGACUUUAUUUUCCUUAUGCAUUAUUAUUAUAAUCAUUAAAUAGCCUACCUAAAAUCCUAGGUCCCUGAAAUUAAACAAAGUUACAUUUUUCAAAUGUGAAAAGUGGGGCCCUGGGGGAAAGGUUGGGAACCGCUGCUGUAGAACACUGUCCAGACAUUGUAGAACAACACUUUGAUGACAUGUUCUACAAAACUGACCUGACAUACACUUUAAGACUCUGGCAAGAACCGUGUGGAUAGUAUAAGCCAGUGCAUUAUAAGAGUGAGGACCUACGCAUGACAGAAACCUCUGCAAGGGAAGGCAGAAAGGGUGGAAUGACCUCUCCCAUUACCUCUAAUGCCAGAAAGUAGAGAGAUAUACUAACAAGCAUGGAAGGAAGGAAACUCACUGCAUAGAGCAAUAUUCACACUCCCAUGGAACAUAUUACACUCAUGAUGUACUCUUUCAACCAAAAAGGAACUAUAAUGCAGCAUUGCAAGCCAGCGUCCAACACUGUGUAGGUGAUUGUCUAGAUCACAAUGGCACACAGCCUACAGCGAGCACACACACACAUAAUUAACUUAAACUGACAAAGCGUUUAAAGCCGAAAUUAACCACAACUAACAAGGAAAUUAUUACAGCCCUUUUCUUAAAUGCGUUUGAUUUCACUGUAGUAAGUAGUUGCAGUCUUUAUACAUGUACUGUAUUUAUGAUUCUUGAUUUCAGUGUAGUUGGUAGUUGCAGUCUUUAUACAUGUACUGUAUUUAUGAUUCUUGAUUUCAGUGUAGUAGGUAGUUGCAGUCUUUAUACAUGUACUGUAUUUAUGAGUCUUUUGAUUUCACUGUAGUAAGUAGUUGCAGUCUUUAUACAUGUACUGUAUUUAUGAGUCUUUUGAUUUCACUGUAGUAAGUAGUUGCAGUCUUUAUACAUGUACUGUAUUUAUGAGUCUUUUGAUUUCAGUGUAGUAAGUAGUUGCAGUCUUUAUACAUGUACUGUAUUUAUGAGUCUUUUGCCACAAUUCUGUCUUUUAUUUAUUUGUACAUCAAUCAUCCUGUGGCCUCCUCCUACCCCUCAGAUUCUACCAGUGAGAAUACCUGUCCUUUCCCCCCAGUCCGUCUGCAUCCAUAUUGCUUUUGUCCAACGCUGAUAAAACAAUUGUCAUGCAUGUUGCUAGUGUUCUGCACAGUUGACUUGGUCAAAUAAACUUGUUUUGACCACA